AUGACUGUUGCCGUACAAGAAUCUGGAUCUUCUUCUCCAGAAGCUGAUAGCACUGAUACAUCUCCAAAUAUUCAGAUUGAAGUUGAGACUAAGGGCGCUAAACAAAACACUCGAGUUUAUAUUUCAAAUAUUAAUUUCAAAACUACAGAAGACAAUUUAAUAAACUAUUUGAAUGAAUACAAAGUAAAAACUGUAUUGGUUCCAAGUCACACUGUGAGAGGUUUUAAAAGCCAACAACAGAGACCUCUAGGUAUCGCUUAUGCUGAAUUUGAGGCUGUUGAAGAUGCCCAAAAAGUUUGUGAAGAAUUAAAUGGUAAAGAAUUUCAAGGUCGCAAAUUGAAAAUUAAACCAUAUGUUCCAUACAGUCCAAAAAAAUUAAAAAGGAAAUCCUCUCGUUUUCAUAAGAUUUCAAAUAGCGCUGAUAGUAGUCCUGUGUCUCCACAACUAGAUUGUUCUUCUGACCCUGAUCCUGCUUCAGGUUCUGAUAAUCUUGCUUCAGGCUCUUCUACUGCUUCUCCAGAUUCAAAUAGCCCUGAAUUGUCUUCGUCCAGUAAUGAAGUUUCUGAUAAUACUAUUUUUAUUGGUCGUCUUAAUCCAAAGGUGACUGAUACUGAUCUUCGUGCUUUUUUCAAUGAUUAUAACCCAUCAGAGAUUUAUAUCUUUAGAGGUAAAUACAAUCGUAGACGUUUACGUUUUGGUUACCAUAUCGCUGCAUUAGUUACUGUUAGUGGUGAAAAUGCCCAAAAAGAUGCCCUUGAUAAUUUAUCUGGCAAAAAACUCAAUAAUAAAGUGGUUAAAUUAGCUCCAGCUUAUUUAUCAAAAAUUGAAGAGGUUAAAAAUGCUCUUAAAGCUCAUGAAGAAUCUUUAAGAAGAAUGAAACAAAAAGAACGUGAAGAACAUGGAUAUGAAGAUGAAGAGCAAGAAGAUGAAAACGAAGGUGAAAACGAAGGUGAAGUCGAAGAUGAAGAUGAGAAACAAAACUCAAAGUCUGAAAAACAGCCUAAGCAAGAAAAUGGAAAACACAGAGAUUCCAAAGACAAUAAGUUGUUUCACGCUGAAUCUGCUCCAGAUGCUGUAGCUUCUUUAAGUGCUCAUAUGGCUCAAAAAGCUACAACAAAAGAAGAAAUUAAACAAAUUGAAGUCUUAAAAGAAGCAUCAAGUGAGCCAGCAGUCGUUGCAACUUCAUAA